AUGCUUCCGGCCGGUGCCCUGCGGCAUCACCCCAAAGAAAAACACGGUACCCCACGGCGGCAGGACUGUUCCCCAGAGACAAUGCAGAAGAUGAGUGGACCACCUCAGAACAGCAAGUCAAGCAACAUGGGAAGCAACCUGAUUGCAGGUGGACACAACGAGUGGGGCGGGGGUGGGAGUAACUUCAUAGCUGGAGUCUUCAUCCAGGCCGUGAAUAAGAAGAUGAGUAUCUAUGAUGCCAUGAUGAGGGGGCUCCUGACACCAGGUACAGCCCUGGUGCUGCUGGAGGCCCAGGCUGCUUCAGGGUUCCUCACUGACCCUGUGAGGAACGAGAAACUAUCGGUGAAAGAAGCCCUGACCGCAGGACUCAUAGGCAGAGAUUUUUAUGAGAAGCUGCUGUCGGCUGAGGGAGCCGUGACAGGGUACACAGAGCCAUACACAGGACACAAGAUCUCCCUCUUCCAGGCCAUGAAGAAAGAAUUCAUCGUGAAGGAGCAUGCUGUCCGCCUGCUCCAGGCCCAGAUCGCCACCGGUGGCAUCAUUGACCCCGUGCACAGCCACCGCCUCCCCGUGGAGGUGGCCUACCAGCGUGGCUACUUUGACCAGGAGACGUGCCAGUUUCUUUCUAACCCCAAGAAUCAAACAAGAAGUUGUUUCGACCCCAACACCCACGAGAACCUCACUUACACACAGCUCCUCCGCCGUUGUGUCCCUGACCCAGACACGGGGCUGCUGAUGCUCCCGCUGAUGGACACGGGCUCCGUGCUCUACCAGUUGACCAAGGAUGCCCGGAAAGCCCUGCAGGCCGCCCGCACCACCAUCAGCGUGGGGCUCUUCCAGGGCCAGAGUGUCACCGUCUGGGAGCUCCUCUUCUCCCGCUACGUCCCAGAUCACCAGAGAGAGGAGCUGCUAAGGAAAUACAAGGCAGGGACGGUCACCAUCCCAGAGAUUAUCACCAUCCUCACCACCAUCGUUACCAGGGCAGAAAUGGAAAAUGGGGAUCCGAGCUCAGCCACAGUUAUACCCAACAACGAGGAGGAAGCAUCACAGCCAGUUCAGGACACGCACUCCCACGACCAACAGUUGAGAAAGUCCUUAAAGUCUGCGACCAUCUAUGUCACUGCUGGUGAAUUCCAGGGGCAAAACAUUUCCUUGCUGGAUCUGCUCUUUUCCAAACACAUCCCUCAAGGGAAGCGGCAGGAGCUGCUGGAGCUGUACAGAGCGGGGAUACUGACCACAGAACUGGUGGCUACUGUGGUCACCACCAUCAUAAACAGAACAGCAGCUGCAAAUGCUGCGCUCGUGGCAAAUGCCAGGAGUCCACACAAGGCGUUGGCAAGCGCAAACAGCAAUGAUUUUUCAGUACAAGACGCACAACUAGAGAACAUCUUGAAGUCUACCACCAUUGGUGUGCCAGCUGGCGAACUGCAGGGGAGGCAGGUGUCUGUGUGGGACCUGCUCUUCUCUGACUACAUCUCUGAGGAGAAAGGGCAUUUGCUCCUGGAGCUGUACCGUGAAAGGGUGCUAACCCUGGAGCAGAUGAUAACUGUUGUCAGCAAUGUGAUUAAGAAAAAAGAAUCUACAGGCAGAAAAUUCCUAACUGCAGUCAAGACUUCUGACAAGGACACUGUGUCAGCAGCAAGAGAGAAGGAUGACAGCUCUGCCAAAGAAGAACCAUGGGAAACAGCCUUGAAAACCACAGCUGUCGAGGUGGAGGUUGGAGAGUUUCAGGGCCACAAGGUCUCUGUGUGGGACCUGCUCCACUCCAAGUAUAUCCCCAAGGAGAACAGAAAAGAGCUCCUGGAGCUGUACCAGGCAGGAGAAUUAACCCUUGAUCAGGUGAAAACCGUUGUCAGCACUAUUGUAACCAAGGCAGAAGAAGCAAGGGCAGAGGAACUGGCCGAGGCAAGCAGUCCAAGAGCGGAGUCGCCAGUCGCAGAAGCUGAGAGCACUGACCUGCAGGAGGACGGGACCUGGGAAGACACCCUGAAGUCCACCACAGUUGAGAUGCCAGUGGAUGAGUUCCAGGGGAAGCAGGUGUCUGUGUGGGACCUGCUCUUCUCUGACUACAUCUCUGAGGAGAAAAGGCAGGAGCUGCUGGACCUGUAUCGUGGAGGGACAUUGGCCUUGGAGCGGUUAAUAGUUGUUGUCACCACUCUCGUUAAGAAAAAAAAAUCUACAGGCAGGAAAAUCCUAACUGCAGUCAAGACUUCCGACCAGGACACUGUGUCACGCGCACACAAGGACACUGUGUCAGCAGCAAGAGAGAAGGAUGACAGCUCUCCCAAAGAAGAACCAUGGGAAACAGCCUUGAAAACCACAGCCGUCGAGGUGGAGGUUGGAGAGUUUCAGGGCCACAAGGUCUCUGUGUGGGACCUGCUCCACUCCAAGUAUAUCCCCAAGGAGAACAGAAAAGAGCUCCUGGAGCUGUACCAGGCAGGAGAACUAACGCUUGAUCAGGUGAAAACCGUUGUCAGCACUAUUGUAACCAAGGCAGAAGCAGCAAGGGCAGAGGAAUUGGCCGAGGCAAGCAGUCCAAGAGCGGAGUCGCCAGUCGCAGAAGCUGAGUGCACUGACCUGCAGGAGGACGGGACCUGGGAAGACACCCUGAAGUCCACCACAGUUGAGAUGUCAGUGGAUGAGUUCCAGGGGAAGCAGGUGUCUGUGUGGGACCUGCUCUUCUCUGACUACAUCUCUGAGGAGAAAAGGCAGGAGCUCCUGGAGCUGUACCGUGCAGGGACACUCACCAUCCAGGAACUGGUCAGCACCAUCAGCAGCAUUGUGACAGAUGGCAAAGAUGGGCAUCUUGCAGCCCUUCCACAGCAGAUAGUGGAUCUCCUCCAGUCCGAGGGCUCCUACAUUACUUUUGGCCAGUUCCAGGAGCAGAAGGUGUCAGUAUGGGAGCUCCUCUCCACCAAGCAAGUCUCCGAGUACAAGCGGGAGGCACAUCUUGACACUUACGGCACAGGAGGAGGGCUGACCGUGAACAAGAUCACCAUCACCACCACCGUCAUCACAGGCCCACAGCGUGAGAAGCGUCACCAGGACCACUAG